CUGAACUGCGUCCAAAGGCGCCGAUUUGAUUUCAUGUGGGAGCAAACUGUCUGCACAGCACUCGACAAUAUAUCUCUGUUGCAGUGACUGCUAGGAACCCUUGCGACAUCUCCCCUUGAAGUUGUCAGUUCAUCAGUCAAAGCCCUCAAAAUGGGGCGCAAGUCUUCCUCUUCAGCGGUCGCCAAAACCUCCUCUGCGCCCAGUGUUUCGGCUGGGACGGCCUCGAGCCAAAAGUCUUCUGUGCUGAGAUCGGCUUUUGCACCCUCGAAUUUCCAGUUACACCUCUUUGCCUCGGUCAUCCAAAAUUUUGAUUCACAUCUGUUGCGCAUCCAUGACACUGACAAUGGUCGUUUGCGUUGCCAGCACGAGACUCGCCAUGCAGAAGAGAUUACAUGCCUCGACUGGGGGUAUUAUGGUCUCGCUUUCCGGGAACAGCGACAGUCGGCUUCCAAGAAGAAGCGCAAGAGAGAACAAGAUAACCUGACGGGUGCUGUGAUAGCCUACGGAACGAGCAAUUCAGAGAUCCACAUGUUCUCUCCUUCAGAGGGGAAGAUCGUGGGCACUCUCUCCGGCGUGCAUGAGAAGGGAAUCAAGGACUUCAAAUUCUCCCCCACAGACUACCUGGAGGCAUGGAGCAUAGGUGGCGAUGGAAAACUGGUGCAAUGGGAUCUCAGCACAAACCAGGCUAAACGAACGAUCAAUCUCCCAGACCCUGCUAUUAGUGUCCUCGCCAGCCCCUCUCAAAACACCCCGCAGAUACUUUGUGCAUCCUCGACUCCUUUCGCCAUCGAGCUGAAGUCGUCUGAUGAUUUCCGGAUAGACCGAUACGACUCUUUCAAGAACCCGGUCCACUCACUAGUCAGAUCUGGUGACGGCGGUUCGCAACCGCAGGAACAAUUCAUAGCGGCGGACUCGGAUAGAUACCUCAAUGUCUACGACAUUUCUCAGAAGAGACUAGUCCGGACUCUGGUUGCCGGAGCAGGUGUGGUCAAGGUCGAUCUCUCGCGUCCUUCCCAGGAUACUCCGGAACUUCUGAAACAGCAAAUACUCUGCGCUGUCUUGAAGGAUGGAGCUGUUGAGUUAUUCCCUCGGCCUUUCGGUCAACCUAAACAAGUCAAUGGAGACCUCAAGUCGAGCAGGAAGAAUCUCACGCAGAAAGCAUCUGCCUCGGUCCGACUGCUGAGCCCUGGUCCUACCAGCAAGCAUGUUCCCGUUGUUGCGGCUUCGUUACGAGGCCCCGAUCUAAUCAUUGCUUCUGCCGACGGUGGCGUGGAUCUUGCUUUCCAGAAGAUCAGGUGGCAAGACGAAGGAAAUGGAGAACUACUCUUUGACGGCCUCAAGGAGGUGGUCAAGGUGAAGGGUGCCUCUACCCUGAACAGUGCCACCCUCAAUGGAGUCAAGAACACGGGCAAAUCGCACGUUGACGAAUCCAAAACCGUUGUUGUCAAUGGUGCCGCUGGAGGUCCUGUGUCCAACGCGAUUGAAAUCUCUAGUAGUGAAAGCGAAGCGGAAGACGAGGAUGAUGAGGAGGACGAUGAGGCCGAGAAGGUGCCAGCUGGGCAGGCUGAGGAUGAAGUUGAGGAAGAAUCAGAAUCAGACGAGGAGAUGGCCGAAGCGCCCGAUGCGAAGGGUGCUGCAGAAGACGAAGACAUGAGUGACGACGAGACCGCCGCCGAUCAAGAGCCCACAUUCGGCGAACUGCUGUCGUCGAAACAUCCGCAUGAGAUCUCCAUUGCCUCGGCGCUCCCACAGGACUCUUCGUCCUCGAGACUUAGAGUCAAAAAUGGCCAGCCCGUCAUACCUUCAGGAAUGUCUCUCGGCACAGUGCUCACUCAGGCUCUGCGGACCAACGACCAGAGUCUUCUAGAAGCAUGUUUGCACACCCUCGACAUCAACAUUGUCAAGAACACCAUCCAACGUCUCGACAGCGGUCUUGCAGGAAUCUUAUUGUCAAAACUCGCGGAGCGGCUAGCAAGCCGUCCUGGACGCUAUGGCCAUCUAAUCACUUGGGUGCAAUGGACAUGUAUCGCCCACGGUGGCGCCAUCGCCGCACAGCCCGACGUUGCCGCCAAGUUGCGCACGCUGUACCAGGUGCUCACGCAACGGUCCAAAACUCUAGACAACUUGUUACUGUUGAAAGGAAAAUUGGACAUGCUCGACGCCCAGCUGUCGUACAGGAAACAACUCGUUGCGCAACGACCUGUCCGCCGGGACGACCAAGAUGAGCCCGGCAUGAUUUACAUUGAAGGCGCGGACAACUGGGACAGCGAGGAGGACGAGGACGAUCUCGACGAAGACGGUGGCGACCAUCGUCCUAAGAAACGUUCCAGAGUCAAGUCUGGCAAGAAGUCUCUGGACGACCUCGUCGCACACGGAAGUGAUGAAGACGAAGACGAAGACGUCGACAUGCUUGAAGAUGGUGCUGAAGAAGAAGAAUCCGAGGAUGAAGAAGACGAAGACGAGGACGAAGACGAAGAUGAAGACGAAGAGGACCAAGUCAACGGCGGUCUAGUCGACGUCGAAGCCGAAGUCUCUAGCGCCGAAGACUCUGACCCAGACGACCACGGCGACGAUGGACCCGAGAACCAAUUGUCCUCUGAUGACGACGAUGUGUCUUCAUCCGGGUCAGAUGACGAAGAUGCCGACGAAGAUGAAGACGAAGAAGAUUCGGAAAUGGACAGCUUCAUCAACGACGGAUCCAUUGAUUUCGACGAGGAAGAGGACGACGUUCAUGUCCCUGGAGACAGCGAGCCCGAAGAGGAUGAAGAAAAAGAACCUCAAGAUGCCCCGACCAAGACGACACCGAAACAAUCCAAACAACGACCACAGGAGGCCGCGCGCUCGAAGAAGUCGGUGCCGACGCCCAGCUCAGGCAGCAAGAAAUCCAAAAGAAAAGCUUGAGCUUGAGCUUGAGCUUGAAGCAGCUUAAUCUAGUUUGGUUUAUUGUUCACAGAGUCUAUCCACGUCCAAGUUGCACUGUGGAAGAUCAGGCUUCUUUGGUCAAGGUCUUGCUUCUAAAUUCAGGCGGCAGGCAUCGUGGGUAGCAUUCACCGGCGGAAUGGUGCACUGCAAGAUGGCCGUUUAAGGUUUCGGUCCGCUAUGCUCAAUCGUCGUCUAGCCCGGCACAGCAUCUUACUAACGUUGAGAGCGCGAGGACUCAGCGGUUGAGUCUUGCGUGGUCGACUCAUUUGCUGGACUGCGAAGUGCUGAUGCUUCUCGUACGUAGCCAGUCGAAGAAAGACAAGAACAAGGCAACCGAGAGGAAGAACGCCGGAUUGUCAAGGGAUGUGGAUGUCUAGACUUAGGCCUGGCCGAGGUGGAAUUGGAAUGGUUAUGGACUGGAUGGGGGUGAUCCUGUCAUAUGGUGCAGGGAGAGCACACUGCGCCCAGAAAGGUGAGGCGGCCACAGGGCGAUAUGGUAGUAGAGUUGGAAAAGGCGAAAAGCGUGCAAGUUGAAAAGUAAAAAGUGGGAAAGCAAUGUACAUUGGACAGCAGAGGAGAGGUCUCUUUCUCUCUUGGGUUUCAAAUGUUCAUUCAGUCCACAAUCGAUCUCGGUGUUUAUCCUCCAAGGAGCAAUUGGUUGUUCCAUACUACUAGGCACACCAUACAGGACGUGCACCAUGCAUGUGAAUCAUGUGCAUGAAAUGAUAAUACCUUGCGUUAUAGAUCUGUCCAGUGUGCCAGGGCUGAUUUAGGAUCAACGACAGCUGCUGUUGAGCGCCCUGGCUGCCCUGAAAGUUCUGUACCAUAGCCGGUUCAAAGUACUGGGUAGUUAUUGAUGAUCUCUUGACAGUUCUAGCAUUGAUAUUUUAAGAAUAGCCUGA